CGCAUUUGUUGCUUUCACGUGGUUUUAACAAAAUGGCUGCCGCUGGAGUUUCUUCAAGAGUUCUAGUUUACGGUGGAAAAGGAGCUUUGGGAGCUACUUGUGUGACAUACUUCAAGGCCAGAAACUGGUGGGUGGCUUCAGUGGAUUUGUUCCCUAAUGAAGAUGCCCAUGCAAAUGUUAUUGUAGAUCCUUCCAAGUCAUGGACAGAACAAGACCAAGAGGUGCAAAAGAGGAUGGAUGAAAUAUUAGAUGGGWAUACUCUAGAUGCCAUUGUAUGCGUUGCAGGCGGAUGGGCUGGAGGAAAUGCAAGUAGUAAAGUUGUGGUCAAAAAUGCUGAUUUGAUGUUUAAACAAAGUGUUUGGACUUCCCUGAUAGCAUCAAGUAUAGCAGCAAAGCACUUAAAAAGUGCUGGAUUGCUCUCUUUAACUGGUGCACAACCAUCUCUUGCUGGAACCCCAGGUAUGAUGGGAUAUGGUAUGGCUAAAGCUGCUGUACACCAAUUAGUGAARGGUCUUGCUUUGAAAGGCAGUGGCCUACCUCCUGAAGCCAUUGCUGUUGCAAUUUUACCUAUGACCUUAGACACACCAAUGAAUAGAAAGGGCAUGCCAAAUGCAAAUUUCAGUGACUGGACUCCACUAGAGUAUGUUGCUGAAGUUCUUUAUGGCUGGUGUGAUGGCAAAGACAGACCUGAAUCUGGUAGUCUUGUUAAACUGAACACCAAAAAUGGUAAAAGCUCCUGGGAGCUGCACACUGGCUCUUUAAUUUGAAUCAAGAAAUUACAGUUACUAAAGAUGUUUUUUGAGGUGUAAGUUUUUUAGUGUUGUAUUAAAAUUCAUGAAUGUUUCA